GUGUAUACACGUGACUCUAACGGACCAAUCACCUUUCAGCUGCGACUAGCUGAGCGCGCUGGGACGAAAGGAGGAAAGCGCAUGAGGGUGUUGUGGUCGCCUGGUUCCUGCAUCAACACAAUGACAGAUAUGAGGACAAAACAGGGACUGAGCCAUGCUCAGAAAACCUCACAAACCCUGGUCUGUUCAGGCAGCCAGACAAGUGACGCCGGACCAGACGGCUGUUUUGUUGAGGGCGCGAUACUUCGCAUCGCCAUGAAAAACUUCCUGACAUACGACUACGCUGUGGUUCGUCCUGGACCAAACCUGAAUAUGAUUGUUGGGGCUAAUGGAACAGGCAAGUCCAGCAUUGUGUGUGCCAUCUGUCUGGGCCUAGCAGGCAAGACUUCUGUCCUGAGUAGGGGAGAAAAGGUUGGCGGUUAUGUGAAACAUGGAUGCAAUAAAGGAUCUAUUGAAAUUGAACUUUUUAGGAGUGAUGGAAAUGUAGUGAUUAAUCGAGAGAUCAUCAUGGAAAACAAUCAAUCCGUGUGGACGCUGAAUGGAAAACAUUCUAACCAGAAAACCGUUGAAGAAGCGGUCAAGGCUCUACGUAUUCAAGUCAGCAACCUUUGCCAGUUCUUGCCACAGGAAAAAGUUGGCGAAUUUGCCAAAAUGUCUAAGAUUGAGUUGCUGGAGGCAACUGAGAAGUCUGUGGGUCCACCGGAGAUGUACGAAUAUCACUGCGAGCUCAAAAACUUUCGCACAAAAGAACGAGAACUAGAGAAUGUUAUUAAGGAGAGGAACAGUUAUUUGGAGAAGUCAAAGCAGAGAAACGAGCGAAAUAAACACGAUGUAAACCGUUAUUAUGAAAAGAAGAGGCAUCUGGAUGUGAUUGAGUUGCUUGAGAAAAAGAAACCGUGGGUGGAGUAUGAAACCACCCGCAAGGAUCUUGAAGAUGUGAAGAAGGAGCGAGACCAUGUUAAAAAGCAGCUCACCGCCCUGAAACAGGCCCAAGUGCCCAUGUUGACAAAGCUCCAGUCCAUUGAAGAGCAGCUGAAGCCCACUGAAACACAAAUGAAGGAAAAGAGUUCUGCAAUCAAAGACGCCUCCCUGAGUUGUAAACAGAAACAGGAUCAGUUGGAUCGAAUCCACAAAGAGAUCGAACACAUAAAACAAACAUUUAAAAUGAAGCAGACAGAAGAAGAAGAUCAGCGGAAGCGCAUCAGCAAUGCCAAAUUAACCAUAGAGGACUUGAAAGCCGAGCUCGCCAAAGUCGCCGACCAACCUGACCUCAGUCCAAAGAUAAAUGCAGUCAACACUGAGCUAAGGCAUAUCCAGGUUGAGAAGGCAAGGAUUGAAGGAGAAAAAGCCCAACUUCGUAGGGAGAAGGACAACCUAUUUGCAGAGUUGAAAAUGUUGGAAAGAAAGCUAAGUGACUUGAACAACAUGAUGAACGCCAAAGAGGAGAAGCUGCGUGGACGCCACAACGACACGUACAAGGCUCUGCAGUGGUUCAGACAGAACAGAAGUCUAUUCAGUGGAAAUGUUCAUGAGCCCAUUAUGCUUGUGAUCAACAUGAGAGAUCAUCGCUUUGCUAAGUACGUGGAGACCCACAUCUCUUUUAAUGACUUGCGGGCAUUUGUCUUCCAGAGGAAAGAUGACAUGGAAAAAUUCAUGAUGGAGGUCCGUGACAAAUUGAACUUGAGGGUCAAUUCUAUUUUUGCUCCUCUGGAGUCGUGUUCGGGACGUCCUCCAUCGCGGAAUAUUGAGUCUUUGAGGCGUUUCGGUUUCUUCACCUUUCUUAGAGAGAUGUUCGACGCCCCCGAUGAGGUGAUGAGUUACCUGUGCCAUCAGUAUAAAGUGCAUGAUGUCCCUGUGGGCAAUGAGCAGACCAAAGCCAUGAUUAAAACGGUGAUUGAGGAGCCCUACCUAAAGGUGUUGUACACAACAGAUGAGAGGUACACAAUAAAGAGGUCCUUCUACUCCAAGAAGAUAAACACAAGUAACACAUCAAUAUAUCCCUCCCAGUAUCUUAACAUCACUGUGGAUGCUGAAGGGAAACAGCAGGUGGAGCAGCAGAUAAAAGUCAUCCAGUCAAGAUUACGAGACAUUGAUGAGAUUUUAAAGACGAUGCAGAAAGAAGCGUCGUCACUGGACCGCCGUGACAACGAGCUGUUAUCCGAAAAGAAGGAACUCUUGGAAUUAAAUGGCAAAAAGAGACAACUACAGCAGAAAAUCAACACCAAACAGGACAGACUGAGGCAGAUGGAGCAAGGUGGAAUUGAUCUGAAGAACAUUCAGGAGGAAACUAAGGAGAAAAUUGCUGCUGCCAAUUCCCGAAAGACAUCUGUAGUUGCUGGUUUAAUGGCACAAAUGAAGCUGAGAGCCAAGCUUACAAUGGAUAAGGUAUACUUGGCUUUGGAGAGUGUGGGGCUCUUCGCAGAGAAGACUAAGCUGGAGAACGAUUGUAGAGAAGGCGCCAGUGGACUUAAAGGCACUGAUCAAAAAUACAGCUGCCUGGAGGAGAGGAAGGUCCUGCUGACAGAACAAUGCAAAGGCUUGCUCAAGAGAGCAAAAUCAAUUUGCACAAUGAAGCCUGACGAAGCGUUGCCCCAACACCUGAAAACUGCUUUCAGUAAGCUACCUGACACGCUGGACGAGUUGGACGCCAUGUUGAAUGAAGAACGGUCCAGAGCUGAAUGCUUUACGGGGCUCAGUAAAACUGUUGUUCACGAGUACAAAAAGCGGGAACAGGAAAUUAAACAGCUUGAACAGGAGCUGAACGAGAAGAAUGUUGCCUUAACUGCUUUCAGACAAAACAUAUCAGAGGCUAAAGAACGCUGGAUCAACCCUCUGAAGCAGCUUGUGGAACAGAUUAACAGCAAAUUCAGUGAUUUCUUUUGCUCCAUGCAGUGUGCAGGAGAGGUGGAUCUCCACUUUGAGAACGAGGAGGAAUAUGACAAGUACGGUAUCUGUAUACGUGUCAAGUUCCACAACAGUAGUAAUCUGCAUGAGCUGACAGCCUCCCAUCAGAGUGGAGGAGAGCGUAGUGUCUCCACUAUGUUGUACCUCAUGGCCCUUCAGGAACUCAACCGCUGCCCCUUCAGAGUGGUGGACGAGAUCAAUCAGGGAAUGGAUCCUGUAAAUGAGAGGAGAGUCUUUGACAUUGUCGUUCGCACCGCCUGCAAAGAGAGAACAUCCCAAUACUUCUUUAUAACACCCAAACUGCUGCAGAAUCUCAAGUAUGCUGAACAGAUGACUAUCCUUUGUGUCCAUAACGGGGCCCACAUGCUUCCCCCCAACCAAUGGGACGAGACGGCUUUUAUCAGGCGGUGCCUCCGAAGAAAAGCCAGAAACUAAUGAAUGACACUAACUUUAAUGUAUUUUUGUCAUGCAUCUUUAAAUAGUUGUAAGAGAAUUGGAGGCAAGUAUGGCAAUUAUUUGAAAGAGUGUAUUUAUUUUAAAGGUUCCUUUGAGAUGGGGUAGCUGUUUGAAGGACACACUCAAUGAGGGCAGACAGACCAGUUUUCAUUAGAGCUUUUUUGGACUGAUAAUUUCCACCCUGACUGUAAUCUAAGAAGAUCAUGGAUCGACAUCCUGCAGCACUACCUGAUCUUCACCUGGAGCUGCAAAUGGAGCAUUGAUGUGGGCGCUCACAUGCUCUCACAGCAUUUUAACACCAGUCAUUUGUUUUUGAAUGAUUGUCUACAUUUGUAUGGGUCCUGCAAAGGCAGAACAAUCCAUCAACAUUCACUGUAAAGUUGUAGCAUCAACUUGCAGCUCAGGCUCACCUGUUUCCCUUUGGUAUAAAACCUGAUUCUUUCUCCAAAACAAGUCUUUGUGUUGGUCAUAGAUGGACUUGAGCUGCAAGUCAAGGCUGUCGUGUGGAACCUGAUGACAGAAGAGCAUUGGUAUUUUUUAUUUUUAAAGUUCAGUCUAGUUCCAGACAUGAGCCAGUUCAAAAUGUAACUCCAUGCAGCUCACCCCUUGCUCUUCAUUAUGCAUUGCACUUCGCCGGGUGCUCGCCAACGUUGCUGCAUCAUGGAGGCGCCCCCAGGGUUCUUCCAGUUGGGCUAUGUGAGUAGGCUUGUCGUAUGUUUGUCUCUAUGAAGGGGAAAACGGAAAACAAACGUGUUGGUAAUCAAACCGUUCCAUAUACACAUUUAUAUUUUGGACUUUUAUUUCUUUUUGUGUAUGGCCGAAUUGUAAUAUAUUAUGUUAAUAAUAUUAUUAAACUUUCACUGUUAAUGACA